CGGCGAGCCCAGCGCCAGGCCUCGCCACGUGUGCGCCCUCCCGCUCCUUCUUAUACGUCCCCGUUCCCUCCCCUCCACCGAUCUCCCUCGUCUCCGUCCCCGGCCGUCCACCCCCGCUCUCCCUCCUCGCCCGUCGUCGUCGUCGUUACGUCAUCAUGGAGUCCUCCUACCUGGGAAAGCGCAGGCUGAACGGCGGCGCCGAUAGGGAGACGACGACGGCCAGGGCGCCGGCUGCGUCGUCGUUCCUCCCGGCCGCCGCGAUGGGGUACGAGUACGGUGACGCGGCGGAGGCGGCGGACCACCACCACCUGCCUCGCCGGGUGGCGGCGGGCGAGAUGGACUUCUUCAAGAAGGAGAGGAAGGACGCCGCCGCCGCCGCCGCCUUGGCCGCCUUUGUGCCGUCGUCGUCGGACGAGCACGGCAUCAAGGAAGACGACCUCACCAUCAACAUGGGUCUGCACCACGUCAGCGGGAGGAAGAGCAGCAUCAGGAGCGAGGAGUCCAGCGUCGACGACGGCGUCUCCUCCAACGGCGUGGAUCACAGGGAGACCAAAGCUGAGCUGGCACUGGCAAAAUCCGAGCUUGGGCGCCUGAACGAAGAGAACAAGCAGCUCAAGGACAUGCUCAGCAGGAUGACCAUCAAGUUCAACGCCUUCCAGGUGCAGAUGCCGGUCUACACUACACUGAUGCAGCAGCAGCAGCAAAGGACCAAUAACCAUCAAGCCCUUCUCCGCGGAGCUCCAGGCCAUGAGCUGAUGAACGUCGAUCCGGAGACGAAGGAUCAUCAGGAGGGGAGCGGCGGCAGCCACCUGCUCCCACGGCAGUUCAUCAGCAGCCUCGGCACCGCCCCCGACGACCCGCUGCGCUCCGUGGGCUCGGACGCAAUGCACGGCGGCGGAAACAGCUCGGGGUCGUCCACCAGCAACGCGGAACCGCCGCCGCCGCAACCCUUGGACUACUGCCCUGGCAACGGGCUCAUGGUCAGCAGCAAGGAGAUGAUGCCGCUGCCGGCGUUCGAGCACGGCCACCAGCAGCCGCAGCAGCACCUCGCCCACGAGAUGGGUAGCAGCAGCCGGGCGGAUGAGCCGCCGCAGCCGCACCACCUGGCGGCGGCGCAGCAGGGCUGGCUCUCCAACAAGGUGCAUAAGUUCCUCCCCUCCAAGGGCCCCGAGCCCGUCCCCGAGGCCGCCACCAUGCGCAAGGCCCGCGUCUCCGUCCGAGCCCGCUCCGAGGCACCCAUGAUCAAUGAUGGGUGCCAAUGGAGGAAGUACGGGCAGAAGAUGGCCAAGGGCAACCCGUGCCCCCGCGCAUACUACCGCUGCACCAUGGCCGCCGGCUGCCCCGUCCGCAAGCAGGUCCAGAGAUGCGCCGAGGACAGGACGGUGGUGAUCACGACGUACGAGGGGCACCACAACCACCCGCUUCCCCCGGCGGCGAUGCCGAUGGCGUCGACGACCGCGGCGGCGGCGUCCAUGCUGCUGUCCGGGUCGAUGCCGAGCGCGGACGGCGGCAGCCUGAUGGCGGGGUCCAACUUCCUGGCGCGCGCCGUGCUGCCGUGCUCCUCCAACGUCGCCACCAUCUCGGCGUCGGCGCCGUUCCCCACCGUGACGCUGGACCUCACGCAGCCGCCACCGGGAGCCGCCUCCGCCUCCGCCUCCGCGUUCGCGCAGCCGCCGGCGUCGGCGCCGGCGCAGGCACGGGCGACGGGGACGGAGCCCUCCCAGCUCCAGGCCGCGCUCGCCGACGCCGCGGGCCGGCCGAUGCCGCUGACGACGCAGCUGUUCGGGCAGAAGCUGUACGACCCCUCCUCCAAGGCCCCCGCCGCGCAGGCGGACGCGGCGGGCGACACAGUCAGCGCGGCGGCCGUGAUCGCGUCCGACCCCAACUUCACCGCGAUGCUCGCGGCGGCGAUCAAGUCGUACAUAGGCAGCAGCGGCAGCGGCAGCAAUGGCGCCGGCGGGAGCAGCGGGACGACCGUGCUGCCGCCGGCGGGGGCGAGCAGCGCCGGCGACAGCAGCAGAGACGACAAGGUCGGGGAGCAAGGGAGCUGACGUGAUCGCCUAGCGAUAUGAUCGUCCGUUUGCUUGCUUGCUCUUUGCUCGCCCGAUUCCAGUUUUGUUCCGCUCUAGUUUGCUUCAGUUUAGUUAAUUGUCUCUUGCGUAGUUUAGUUCCCUCAAAAUUUUGCGUAGUUGAGAGUUUGCUUCAGUUUCGUCUGGUAGGAGACGAAAAUUUUGCUAUUUCUUUUUACUCCCCUGGGGCGAUUUUUAUGGCAGCAAGUGGAGUACCAAUUUUGUUCUCCUACAACUUUUAA